AUGGCGUCGGCGGCCCUGGAGCUGAUGGGCUUCUUCCUGGGCCUGCUCGGCAUGCUGGGUACCCUGGUGGCCACGGUGCUGCCGUACUGGCAGAUCUCGGCGCACAUCGGCUCCAACAUCGUGACGGCGGUGGCCAACAUGCGCGGCCUGUGGAUGGAGUGCGUGUACCAGAGCACGGGCGCCUUCCAGUGCGAGACCUACAACUCCAUGCUGGCGCUGCCGCCCGACCUGCAGGCGUCCCGCGCCCUCAUGGUCAUCUCGCUGGUGCUGUCCAUCCUGGCCGUGGCCAUGGCGGCGCUGGGGAUGCAGUGCACGCUGUGCCUGGACGGCACGGGGACGGUGAAGAGCCGCGUGGCGGGGACGAGCGGCGGGCUGUUCCUCGCCGCGGGCUUCCUGGCCCUCAUCCCGGUGGCGUGGACCACGCACGAGGUGGUGCAGACCUUCUACCGGCAAAACGUGCCGUCCAGCCUCAAGUUCGAGCUGGGGGAGUGUCUGUACGUGGGCCUGGCCUCGGCGCUGGUCACCAUGCUGGGGGGGGGCCUGCUGUGCGUGUCCUGCUGCGAGGCGCAGGAUGGCGGCCGCGGCCGGCGGCCCGGCGGCGGAUACCCGUAUCCCGUGGGCGGCGGCGUGUCCGGGACGGCGCCGCGCACCACCUCACAGACGUACCGUAACCCCACCUUGCAGGCGGGCGCCGGCAGGGGGCCCACGCUGCUCCGCAGCACCAGCGGCAGCUCGGGGUCCAGCACCCACGCCGCUGCGCCGGCGAAGAAGCCCACCGCCGCCGGAUACGACAUUACAGGAUACGUCUGA